AAUAACAAUAAUAAAAUUGACGUGUCCGUGUUUCGUGUCCUCUCUCCGGUAAAAUGGAAAAUUGAAUGCUUCCAAAACCGCAUCGAUCGUCCAAAUUAUAGUUUGAAUUUGCAGAAAUUGGAAUCUAAUUUUAAGCUCCGACAAAAUGACGAUAUUCGACAGACUUCGAAAAUUUGAUGCAUACCCGAAAACGUUGGAGGAAUACAGAGACAAGACAAUCGGUGGAGCCGCAGUGACUGUAACAAGUGCUGUAUUGAUGGUCCUUUUGCUGUUGACGGAAUUGAACAAUUAUCUGCAACCCACCAUAUCGGAGGAUCUGUUCGUCGACACGACAAGGAGUCAUAAAUUAAAUAUUAAUUUGGAUCUGACGAUACCAAGGAUAUCGUGUAACUAUUUAAGUUUAGACGCAAUGGAUUCAGCGGGCGAUCAGCAUUUACAUAUAGACCACAACAUUUACAAACGACGACUAGAUCUCGAAGGCAAUCAAAUAGAAGAGGCCAAAAAGGAGGAGAUUUUAACUUCAUCAACAACCAAAGAGAAUGUCACUGAGAGUACGUCUGUAGGCGUGGUAAAGUGUGGAAGUUGUUACGGUGCACAAGUGAACGACACACACUGUUGUAACACGUGUCAGGAUGUCAUCGACGCAUACAGAGAAAAGAAAUGGAAUCCGAACACUGACGACUUUGAGCAGUGCAAAAAUGAGCGAUUCUCCGACAAAAGUUCGGAAAAACUGGCUCUGAAAGAAGGAUGUCAGAUCUACGGACACUUGGAAGUGAAUCGGAUGGGCGGAUCGUUUCACAUAGCUCCUGGCAAGAGUUUCUCCCUGAAUCACAUUCACAUCCAUGACGUUCAUCCGUACUCGUCGACAACGUUCAACACAUCACACACCAUAACACAUUUAUCGUUCGGUGAACGGAUACACUUUGCCAACACACAUCCACUGGACAACACGCCGGUGUAUGCUAAAGAAGGCGCAAUGAUGUUCCAGUAUUACAUCAAAAUCGUACCGACCGUGUACGAGAAACUGAACGGCGAAUUGACCUACACAAAUCAGUUUUCCGUGACGCGACACUCGAAAUCGGUAUCGGUGAUAUCCGGUGAAUCGGGAAUGCCGGGCAUAUUUUUCAGCUACGAAUUGUCACCGCUGAUGGUGAAAUAUACCGAGAAACAGAACUCAUUCGGACAUUUUGCGACGAAUGUGUGCGCUAUUGUUGGUGGAAUAUUUACGGUGGCUGGCAUCAUUGACUCGAUUUUCCAUCAUUCCAUUUAUUUGAUUAAGAAGAAGAUUGAGCUGGGAAAGCUGAGCUAAGCUGUGUGGGCUUUCCGACAACAUUUUUUUCUUACGCUCUUUGAGUUCUUGACAAAAGUUUUUUUUUGUUUUGUUUUGCAAUGAAAUGUUUUUGGUUCUUUUCUUGUCUGUCCCGAUUUUGUCAAGGGAACUUCGAAUGUAAACCACCUCGUAUUUGAUAAACUGCUAGUCGGUAAA